CACUUUUAAUUUCUUUUCCACAUGAUAACUGGGGUAGAAGUUAUUCAUGAAGACAGAGUCCAUACACUUCAUGUUCCUAUUAAACUACCCUCCAAAUCCAAUCAGCUUGUUCUUUCUAAAUCUGAAAAGAAACUAAAUAUUCACUCAAGAAGAAGAAGAGAAGAGAUGUGAAGAAGAGAUUUCUGGUGGUGGCAAAGGGAAAAUUAGUAGAAACGAUCAGUCCAAUUUGAUGUUCAAGUGUACAGAAGAAAAAAUGACUUGGUUUAUUGAAAUUUCAAGCUUUAUGAUCACCAUUUCAAUUGUGAUCAUUUUGGCCUAUCCUUUUCUACCAUCCUAUCCUCCAGCAGAAGCAAUAAAAUCAUCCGAUUCAAAUCCUGAUCCUCUGUUCAACUAUAAACAAUCACCAAAUUUCAAGAACUCUCCAAAAUGUUCAAUAAUUCCCACAAGUUCCAUUAGCACAAAAAUUUGCAAUCCUUCUCUAGUCCAUAUUUCAAUGACCCUUGACAUUAAAUUCCUUCGUGGAUCGGUCGCUGCAAUUCAUUCAAUCCAUCAGCAUUGUCACUGCCCUGAAAAUCUUUUCUUCCAUUUCAUUUCAUCUGAUACAAAUCUUGAACCCCACUUGGAAAAAAUAUUCCCCUUUUUGGCUUUCAAGAUUUACUAUUUCAAUCCAGGGAUUGUGCAGAACAAGAUUUCUUCUAGCAUAAGGCAAGCUCUUGAACAUCCAUUGAAUUAUGCAAGGAAUUACUUGGCUGACCUCUUAGAGCCCUGUGUUGAAAGGGUCAUAUACUUGGAUUCUGAUAUCAUUGUAGUUGAUGACAUUUCCAAUUUGUGGAGAAUAAGUCUUGGAUCAACAACUUUGGGAUCACCCGAGUACUGCCAUGCUAAUUUCACCAACUAUUUUACCCCUAAAUUUUGGUCUCACAAGAAGUUUUCUCGCGCGUUCCAUGGCCAGAGACCUUGUUACUUCAACACAGGUGUAAUGGUGAUUGAUUUAACUAAAUGGAGGAAGUACAGAUACACAAGGAAACUAGAAAGAUGGAUGAAGAUUCAGAGAGUGCAUAGGAUAUAUGAGCUCGGUUCAUUGCCCCCAUUUUUAUUGGUAUUUGCAGGGAAGAUAGUACCAAUUGACCAAAGAUGGAACCAGCAUGGACUUGGAGGGGAUAAUUUGGGUGGAAGUUGCAGAAAUAUACAUGCUGGUCCUGUUAGUUUGUUGCAUUGGAGUGGAGGUGGAAAACCUUGGCUCAGGCUGGAUUCUGGCAACUCUUGCCCUCUCGACGAGCUCUGGGCUCGCUACGACUUGCAUGGCUAGAAAUAACAUCCAAUGAUCACUUUUCGGCCUUAUCGUUGAAAAAUAGUCAUUGUACUGAAAUUUCAAAUUCAACAAGUAAAACUUCAGAACAAUGGCUACUUUUCAAUUAUAGGUGCUGAAAAGUGGUUAUUUAUGAAUUUUCCCCUAGCACAGACCUGACCAGAAAUUUGACAAUUAGUAAUUUCCCUAUAAAAUUCUGAAUGCACCAUUUUGUGAAUCAUCUUAUCAAUAAUUGAUAGUACCUCUAAGUUU